AUGCUGGGUACCAUGGAGACGCCGAUGGAUCAAAUCAUGGAGAUGUUCGGCGCGGUAAAUCCCAAUCCUCAUCUACGCAAACGAGAGUCUCAGGAAGAGCCGACACAAGCAGCAGCAAAGUUCAUCAAGGGCAAGGGCAAGGGCAAAGGAAAAAAAGGAGGCUUCGGACCAAGUCCACAGCAGCAAGGCUCUUUCGGUCCCCCAGUCCGAUACCAUCAAAGCCCAUUCGUAACCACGCCAGCAACAACAUCAACGAUGGAUCAAGAGCAGUGGGAGCAGUACAUGCAGACUCUGCUUGCAGCGGUAGCUCGGCUUGCGCUACGGGUGGACAACGAGGUCCAAGUCCUCAAACAAGACUUCAGCUUGGUUCUAUGGAUGAGGCCAGGCGAACAUACUGCACUACAGAUGAUGUUCAACAAGGCCAAGGAGUGGAAGGACAAAGCCAUGAAAACCGAUGUGGACGAGACUCCCACGUUGCGAACAACGCUUGCAAUCGCCAUGGUUCAGGAAGUGAUCAACCGAGUAGGGCAAGUGGCAGGGGAUGCGGACAAAGCCCGCAAACUUCAGGAAGUGGGGUGGAGAGAUCCGACAACGGGUUGGCCUUACCAAAAGUGGGAUCCGGAGUCCAAGAUGCUCGUGACGGUGUCGGAGCGGGCACCGUUGAAGGAUAUGGAAAUACUCCAGCUCUUGGAAGAAUUGAAGACGAAGCUGCUGGGGCAGACCGUCAUGAGAUUCCACUCAACACGACCAUUAUCGUCCGACAUGAAAGGAUUGGCCACGUUCCUGCUCGAGAUCAGCCAAAGAUCCAAAGAAGCACAGCGCGCAUGGGAGCUUCUACAUGUUCUCAUGGGUUCAUCGGUGUGGCAGCUGACUGCGGUUCAGUACAAGCGCGAGGGUUGGAAGAAAUCGAUCCUGAACAAGAUGGUGCGAGAAUACUUGGGUGAGAAGGCAUGGCGACUUUUGCUUGCCAAAACAGGCCAGCCGGUGCACAUUUACCACAUGUUCCGUGGCUAUGUGGAGUAUGGCAAGCCAGGAGCCCCAUGGCAGGGUUACCAGCUACAGUGA